GGCUCCUCUUCCUGCCGGCAUCUGGGAGCCCCGCGACCUGCAUCCCUAGAGUGCCCAGAAUCCAAGUUCCCAGAGCCACCGCCUGCGACCCGAAAUCCCCACAACCUCCUGAUCUUGCGCCCCGGAGACUGCGGCUUCGGAGUCCUGCGCCGUGGAGCCCCCGCAACCCCAGAAUCCUGCGCCUCACGUCCCCACAUCCCCUGCGUCCCCGCGCGCUCCCCGCAGCCUUGGUGGCGGCCGUCAGACUACGCGGACAGCGCCGCCGUCCUUCGCCCGACCCGCGCCAUGGCCGCCCCCGACCUGUCCACUAACCUCCAGGAGGAGGCCACCUGUGCCAUCUGCCUCGACUACUUCACUGACCCAGUGAUGACGGACUGCGGUCACAACUUCUGCCGCGAGUGCAUCCGGCGCUGCUGGGGCCAGCCUGAGGGCCCAUACGCGUGUCCCGAGUGCCGCGAGCUGUCCCCACAAAGGAACCUGAGGCCCAACCGCCCGCUCGCCAAGAUGGCCGAGAUGGCGCGGCUCCUGCACCCGCCGUCGCCCGUCCCGCAGGGCGUGUGCGCCGCGCACCGCGAGCCACUGGCAGCUUUCUGCGGCGAGGAGCUACGCCUUCUGUGCGCGGCCUGUGAGCGCUCUGGGGAACACUGGACACACCGCGUGCGCCCGCUACAGGACGCCGCGGACGAUCUCAAGGCAAAGCUGGAAAAGUCACUGGAGCACCUUCGGAAGCAAAUGGAAGAUGCACUGCUUUUCCAAGCCCAAGCUGAUGAGACCUGCGCUUUGUGGCAGAAGAUGGUAGAGAGCCAGCGGCAGAACAUGCUGGGUGAGUUCGAGCGUCUGCGCCGUCUGCUGGCUGAGGAAGAGCGGAGGCUGCUACAGAAGCUGGAGGAGGAAGAGCUAGAGGUGUUGCCCCGGCUGCGGGAGGGUGCAGCCCGCCUGGGCCAGCAGAGCGCCCACCUGGCUGAGCUCAUCACUGAACUUGAGGGCCGCUGCCAGCUGCCUGCACUGGGGCUGCUGCAGGACAUCAAGGAUGCCCUGCACAGGAUCCAGGAUGUGAAACUGCAGCCACCAGAAGUGGUACCCAUGGAGCUGAGGACUGUGUGCAGGGUUCCAGGGCUGGUGGAGACUCUGCAGAGGUUUCGAGGGGAUGUGACCCUGGACCCAGACACUGCCAAUCCUGAGCUGAUCCUGUCCGAAGACCGGAGGAGUGUACAGAGGAGUGACCUGCGCCAGGCCCUGCCUGACAGCCCAGAGCGCUUUGACCCUGGCCCCUGUGUGCUGGGCCAGGAACGCUUUAGUUCCGGGCGCCACUAUUGGGAGGUGGAGGUCGGGGACCGCACCAGCUGGGCCCUGGGUGUGUGCAGGGAGGACGUCAACAGAAAGGAGAAGGGGGAGCUGUGCACUGGCAACGGCUUCUGGAUCCUGGUCUUCCUAGGGAGCUAUUACAACUCCCCGGAGCGGGGCUUCUCCCCACUGCGGGACCCACCAAGGCGUGUGGGGAUCUUUCUGGACUAUGAAGCAGGACACCUGUCCUUCUACAGUGCCACUGAUGGGUCACUGCUCUUCAUCUUCCCCGAGACCCCUUUCUCAGGGACGCUGCGGCCCCUCUUCUCACCUCUGUCAAGCAGCCCAAUCCCUAUGACCAUUUGCCAGUCGAAAGGAGGGCUUGGGGAUGCCCUGGCUCCCCAAUGACUAGAACCCCCUUUGAGGAGUCCCUUUACUUCUCUGGCCUCUUCUCCUGGCUUCUGGCCAUUUUGGUCAUUUGGAGGACUUAGGAGGAGGGAAUGUGUCCUUUGAGCCUCCGGAGGAAUGCACAGUGCCUUUCUGAAUGUGCAUGGGAAAACCUGAAUUCCAGCACUCCAGUAAACUGUGUGGGAAGCUCUGUGGUCUCAGGCUCUGGCUUGAGGUUCCAGGAGCUUUGCAAGCCCUAUGGGGAACAUUCAGUAUCUAGGGCCUGCCCAGGCUCUGCUAUCCUGGCAAUCUUGAGCUACAGCCUGGCCAGUCACCAGGAAGCCUCAUGCUCUCACCUCCAUGAAGUUGCUGAGACAGCUCCAAGUCCACUUACGGUCUCAUGAAAGAAAAAGGCUGGUAAGAGCCUGGCACCGCCCUGGAUGUGGUCACUUCAAAAGAAUAGGAGACAGCAGUCAGUCUUGCAUAGGGGAACUGUGCAGAUUAGUCCCUAAAUAAAGGGCCUUCUAGAAAUUGCCUCCAGUGAAGAGAUUCACAUUAGGCAGAUCUGUGGGGCCUGGAAGUCGGAGUAGGGCUCAGAAAUGACACCUGUAAACCCAACUUAUGUUUCUAAAGCCUUUCUGAGUGUGUCACCAGCUCCACUUUGGCCUCACCAAAGGCUGUGCACAUCCCAUGGGAGCUGGUGUGGCCACUGGCCCCCUGCUAUGCAGUCCCCCCCACAGCCCAGGGCAGACGCAAGUGUUUCUGAGAACCCAAAGCAUAUAUAUAGGAUCCAGGAGUUGGUGCUUAUGAUCAGCUUUGCAGUUUCUUUGCCCUUCUCAAGAAGUUCCUGUUCUUUUUACUCCUCUGUUUUAUUUAUUCUAAGGGCAGAGUUCUCAUGUUGAAUAAACUUUAGCCAAUCA